ACUCUUAAAUUACGUAGUCUUAAGAUACCACUAGUAUUUCUUGAAUUAUCAUUAUAUCAAAAAAAUUCAUAUUAUAAAAAUGGAACACAUCAUAAAACUACACUAAGACGUAAAGAACUAGAAUUUCAUGCUAAUAAAUUAGAGGAAUGUGUUUUACAACCAUGGGCAAGCAAAUAUUGUUGGAAUGAGAUUAUAACUGCAACUUUAGAAUUAUGUUCAGUUACCCCUCGAAGUUCUGAAAAAAAUAGUGAGCUUGAAAUGCGAUCUUCAUGUGAAAUAAAUACUAUACAAGAAAUUUAUUUUCCAAUUGCUGAACAAAUUAGAGUAGCAAAUAAAUAUGAAAUUAUAUCACUUGAAGAAUUCUUACCCGAAACUAAAGAAAAACGAUUUUUACUAUUUAUCAAAUUUUGCUAUUGA